AUGUGCACGAGGGUAACGACAGCGCAGUGGAACUUCGCUACCAAUGUUACUGAAGUUAAUCGUCGGAGAAUGUUGGAGGAACAGUCAUUGAAAUUAAAAUUCGACAGAAUAUCCUGGCGAAAGGCUAUCAGCUUCGCUUGGAGCCGAAUACCAGAUCCUCUAGCAAGAAGAGAGCUCAAGAUCAUCGCUGUGAAAGGUCGGAAUUCUCUGACUGAUGAUAAAUUUAACGAGAUACACAGUUUAAUCAACGAAAUGAAGGAAGUAUACGCAAGGACGAGAUUGUGCCCCUACAGACCCGUAGGUGCAAAUUGUGACUUAAGUUUGGACCACGACGUCAAUGCAAUAAUGGCUCGAUCAAAGGACUACGACGAGCUCUUAUACUAUUGGCAUGCUUGGCACGAAGCGACUGGGCCCCAAUUAAAGAACAAAUAUAUGAGAUACGUUCAACUUGCUAAUCAAGCAGCUAGAUUAAAUGGAUUCGAUAAUGCGGGAGACCAAAUGAAAGAGUUAUUCGACGAUGAACAUUUCCAACAGAACACGGCGGACAUAAUGUCGGCCGUGAUGCAUCUCUACAAGAAUCUCUUCACAUACGUCAGGACGAAAUUGUACGAAAGGUACGGUGACAAGAUACGAAGAGACGGCCCGCUUCCAGCUCACAUUUUGGGAAACAUGUGGGCUCAAAAUUGGGAGGACGUGUUCGAUGUGGUUCAGCCAUUUCCUGCCAGCCGGAAGCUCGAUGUCUCCCUAGACAUGAUGAUUCAGGGAUUCACACCUUUGAGGAUGUUCCAAAUAGCCGAGGAGUUCUUCACUUCUCUGGGGAUGAAACCUAUGCCGCCAGAGUUCUGGAGGUUCUCCAUGUUCGAGAAGCCAAUUGACAGAGAGGUGAAGUGUACUCCUAGCGCCUGGGACUUCUGCAACAGAAUAGACUACAGGAUAAAACAAUGCACGAGAGUGACGAUGGAUGAUCUGUUAUCGACUCAUCGUGAAAUUGCUCGUUUGCAAUAUUAUUUGCAAUACAGGGAUCAGCCAUUGUUAUUCCGCAACGAAGCUAUUCCAGGAUUCAUCGAGGCAGUCAGUGACGCCAUUGGCCUCUCCGUCUUCACGCCUCAACAUUUAAGUAGAAUUGGGCUACAUAACAAUUCCACAGACGAUUAUGGUAGUAACAUCAACUUCCUGAUGCUAAUGGCUCUUCGUAAAGUUGCCUACAUGCCGUUUGCUUACAUAGUUGACGAGUGGAGGUGGCGUGUGUUUAGUGAGGGUGUCGCUGAUAUGACAAACAAUUGGUGGGAAUUGAGGCUACAGUAUCAAGGAAUCGUACCACCAGUGCCCAGAUCGGAAAGAGACUUCGAUCCAGGAUCGAAAUAUCAUAUCCCUGCAGACGCUCUUUAUGCCAAAUAUUUCGUUGGUAUAGUGUUGCAAUUCCAAUUGUACGAGGCUUUGUGUGAAAUAGCAGGUCACACUGGCGACCUGUACACUUGUGACUUUUACAGAUCACGAGAGGCAGGCAGAUUGUUGUCCGAUGUAUUAUCAAUGGGUUCCUCUAGAUCAUGGAAAGACGUUGUACGACAAAUGACGAGAGGUAGAACGAAUAGAAUGGAUGCUGGUGCUAUGUUGAGAUACUUUGAACCGUUGAAUCAAUGGUUGAAACGACAGAACGAAAUGGAACCAGUCGUGGGUUGGAUCACGAAUCGCGAGGACACAGACAAACACCUGCAUUACAGAAACUCGUCACGUAAUUCCGUACUAUUUUUUAAUCAUAUUACCGUAAAUAAACUGCCAUAUAAGUAUAAUGUUACUAAAUGUAGUAUUCCAGUUGCAAAUUAUUGUUCAAAGCAAACUGGUAAACAAGUACCUGAAAAUUCCUGUAAACCACAAAAUGUAUCAUUGCUUACAAGGAUGAAAGAGAUGGCCAAAGAUUAUUGGCAUAUUUUAAUACCAGUACAUUUAGUUACCACUGCUGGUUGGGUUAUUAUAUUUUAUAUAAUGGUUAAGAAUGGUGUGAACAUAGAAACAUUACUGGAAUUUUUACAUGUGCAUCAAAAGUAUAUAGACAUGGCAAAGAAUUCUGAUGCAGGAAACUGGGCCUUAACGUAUGGUCUAUUUAAAAUAUUUACACCCUUUAGAUAUGCACUGACUUUAGGUAUCACCACAAUGACAAUCAAACAUCUCAGGAACUCAGGAUUAGUGAAACCUUUCCCGUUUAGUGAAUUGCUACGAAUUUUUGCUAAGCCUACAACUGAUGCUUUGAACAGAAAAAUCGAAUAAAACAAAGCCACCGUAUAAACCGCCGAUAAAAACCAACCGGCACUCCGAAUCCCCGAAAACGUAACGAUAUGGAACGAAGUUAAAUUGUUCAGAAUUGAAGCUUAGGUAAUGGACUAGGUCUAUCCUAAAACCUAAGUACGCAUAUGAAUG